AUGGCUGAGGUCGCAGCGCGCAAGCGUGCGCGCUCCUCGUCGCCCGUGUGCGAUGUUCUUGCUUCUCCUCUGGAGGUCCUUCUGAAGCGUCGGCGGCGAGACCUCUCCCGUACGUCGUCGGUGGCGUUACCUCCGCCGUCGCAGCCAAUCUUCGACCCUCCAGGCGGGACUGGCGGAGAUACCGCCAUGCCGUCGAGCUCCUCUCCGGGAGGGUUACCAAGCUCUUCUUCGCCCGGCUUCGAGAACUACAGUCACGAUGCCAACUCUCUACGCGGAAUAGAGAGACGAAGGACACGCAACUGGGAGCGCCUCAAUGCACCUGCCCAUGCGGGGCCGAGCUGCGAACCCGACUCGUCACCCGUCGCGCGACGCAGUAUGAGCGAUCGCCACCUCGUCUCCUCGAGUCCUGUCCGGCACCAGCCUCCCGCGCCUGUGUUCCGCGACGAAUGGAGUGCAGAAGAGCGCCUCCGCGAGUGGGGCGAUGAGUACGCCUCGCAGAACUCGGUUUUGCAUUCCCUGCACCUCGCCCGCCUCGAGAGUCAACAGUCUCUGCACAGCCUGCACUCGGUAGCGAGUGCGGCGUAUUCGCCUUUCGAGCUCACUGAGCCGGCGUCGAGUCCGGCACCAAUGCCAUCGGCUACGCCUCUACGAACACCAGCGAGCGCGAACCCGUGGCGCACGCACCAGACACCUGGCUUCACACCUGGUGGCUUCACGUCGAGCGAGUAUGUCUCGUCGCCUUUAUUCUCGCCUCCUCCGCACUCGGGCCCGCACCACACGCACGCCACGCCGAGCCGCACCGGAGAAGCGCACGGCGAGGUCCGCGCAAGCUAUGAGGAGACGAACCGCCUCCUGGCCGAACUCAACUUUGCCCGCUUACGCAGACACGACGCCAUGAGCUCCUCGCCCCCGCCUCCGUCGACUGAUCCCGCCAUGGACGAGCAGUGGUAA